CUGAUUCAUGCGUAUAAAAGACAGAGCUUCUUACGAACCAUUUAUAAAUUAGUUGAAUUUAUCGCAGGUUAGUAACAGUAAGCGGAGAAGUAGUAUUGUGUCAGAACCUUGUCCUACUUUUCACAUACAAAACUAGUCUUAUGUUGUGUUCUUUUAACUGUACUACAUUAAUUUGAUAUAGUAUUUUAAGACGGAAUUGUUAUAAGCAUUAUAAAGAAUCCAUAAAUCAACAACUGCUUAAAAAUGUUACGAAUUACAAAUGUUGCAAUGCUCAAACCUACAAAUUUAGUGAAAGUCUUUGACUCAAAUAUUAGAUAUUUAGCAACACAAGCAGCUGUAAAAAAUGCAACAGUGGAAAAAACAAAGAAAGGCACAGGCAUAAAAGAAAGUCAAUCUUUUGUCAUGAAUAUUUUCCGUGGUCAGUUACAAACAAGUCAAGUAUUUCCAUUCCCAGAAAGUUUAACUGAGGAACAAAUUGAUACAUUGAAAAUGUUGGUUGAUCCUAUAGAAAAAUUUUUUGAGGAAAUAAAUGAUCCUAUGAAAAAUGAUGAAACUGCCUCAAUAGAUGAAAAAACUUUAGCAGCAAUGUGGGAACUUGGAGUAUUUGGACUUCAGGUUCCACAAAAGUAUGGUGGAUUAGGAUUGAAUAAUACUCAAUACAGUAGAUGUGUUGAAAUCUGUGGAUAUCAUGAUUUAGGUGUUGCUAUCACUUUGGGUGCACAUCAAAGUAUAGGAUUUAAGGGUAUACUUUUAUUUGGUACACCAGAGCAAAAAGAAAAAUAUCUUCCAAGAGUUUGUAAUGGAGAAUAUGCAGCAUUUUGUCUUACAGAACCAAGUUGUGGUUCAGAUGCAGGUUCAAUUCGUUCUAGAGCAGUCAAAUCAUCAGAUGGAUCACAUUAUAUUUUAAAUGGUAGCAAAAUUUGGAUAUCAAAUGGUGGUUUAGCAGAAAUAAUGACUGUGUUUGCACAAGUUCCUACAAAAGAUCCAGAAACAGGUGAAACUAAAGACAAGGUUACUGCAUUUAUCGUUGAAAGAUCGUUUGGCGGUGUAACAAAUGGACCACCAGAAAAGAAAAUGGGUAUUAAAUGCAGUAAUACUGCAGAGGUAUAUUUUGAAGAUGUUAAGAUACCAGUAGAGAAUGUCUUAAAUACAGAAGGACAAGGUUUUAAGGUCGCAAUGAGCAUUUUGAAUAAUGGUCGAUUUGGGAUGGCAGCUGCUCUUUCUGGGACUAUGCGUUAUUGCAUUAAAAAAGCAGUUGAUCAUGCGACACAACGUGUACAAUUUGGACGUACAAUAGAUAGUUAUGGAAGUAUUCAAGAAAAGUUAGGUCGUAUGGCACUGUUACAUUAUGUAACUGAAACACUUGCAUAUACAAUUUCUGGUAACAUGGAUAAUGGGAGUCAAGAUUAUCAUUUAGAAGCUGCAAUUUCUAAAUGUUUUGCAGCAGAAUCCGCAUGGUGGGUUUGUGAUGAAGCUAUUCAAGUAUUGGGUGGAAUGGGAUACAUGAAAGAUGCCGGUCUCGAACGAGUUAUGCGAGAUCUUCGUAUUUUUAGAAUUUUUGAAGGAACUAAUGAUAUUCUUCGUCUUUUUGUUGCUCUUACUGGGAUACAGUAUGCUGGAAGUCAUUUGAAAGAAUUACAAAAAGCAUUUAAGAAUCCUACUGCUAAUUUAGGAUUGAUUUUUGAGGAAGCAACAAAAAGAGCAACACGAGCAAUUGGAUUAGCAUCAGCACCUACUUUUACACAUUUAGUUCAUCCAAGUUUGCAAGAAAGUACUACGUUAUGUGCCGAGAGCAUUCAAGCUUUCGGCCAAUGUAUAGAAUCUGCUCUUAUUAAGUAUGGACGAAGCAUUGUAGAUGAGCAAUUUAUUCUAAAUAGAAUAGCUCAAGCAGCAUUUGAUACAUAUACUAUGGCUGCAGUAUUAAGUCGAGCAACUACGUCUGCUAAUAAAAAUCUUUCAAGUACGGAACACGAGCUUCUUAUGGCUAAAACUUGGUGUGCUGAAGCAUCUAAUCGUGUAAAGUAUAAUUUAAAGUCAAUUUCAUCUGACACACAGUUAGACAUAUUUAAAAAUUUAAGUAAAAUUUCGAGGAAUAUGUGUGAUGUUGGAGGAUAUGUUCAACUGAAUCCAUUAGGUUUUUAAUUAUACAUUAAAUUAUAAUAACUUACGAUAAAAAUUAAACUGAGAGUUAAAAAAUAUUUGAGUAAAUAACAUAAUGCUAGAGGUAUUAAGUUUAUAAUUAUAUUGAGUAUUUUUGAUAUUUUUACACAAAAUAGAUAUUGUAAAUAAAUUGUUAUAAAAAAUAUUAUACACAUAAAGAUAGAUGCUAUUUAUUUUUCGUUAAUCCUCACAAAAUAGUGAAUUGAAUUCUUAAGAAAUAGAUUAAUAUACAUUACGUUUGUGUAAUUUUUUUGUAGUAAACUAAAUUAAGUAAAAGUGUAUUUAUUCUUUUGAUUAUAUAUUGGACAUAAUGUUAUAUAAUAACAUUACUUUUGCUUUAUUUACCAUUGAGGAUGAUUUCAGUAUUAAAGAUAAGAAAACAAAGUAUCAGAGGUAUUUUAAAUUAUAAUUGAUAUUCAUUCUUGAUUAUUUUCUUCUAAUUGCAAGUGCACGAUUUAACAGUAUCACAACAUUACACAAGGGUAAGAAUGUACUUUCCGAUCAUUUUACAUUUUUUAUAACAUGGAAGCACACAUAAUAAUUGCGUAGCUAUUUUAUGAUUAAAAGUUUACAGCAUCCAUAUAAGACAUUAAUAACGUUAAGUAUAGCAUAAAAUACAUGCAGAAACAUAGAAUUAUAUAUUUUUAUACUAUUGAAGGUAUUACUUAAGUUUGAGAUUCAAACUAUUAUUUCUUUUUUUGUAAUUUAUAACUUAAAUUUACCACUAUUAUCCAAAGUUUUUAAAUACGCAAUAAAUCUUCAACAAAACAAUAUACGAUAUUUAUUACUUGAAAUCAAAGUGUUACAUUUUGUAA